CAAGGGACCGGGGCGGUUUGCAGGUAGCUUUGUUCUUGUCUUCACAGCGUAGGCAACAGCUUCAAGAUGAGAGAAAUUGUUCACUUACAGGCUGGCCAAUGCGGUAACCAAAUUGGUGCCAAGUUUUGGGAGGUUAUCUCCGAUGAACAUGGUAUCGACCCCACAGGAACUUACCACGGUGACUCGGACUUGCAAUUGGAACGAAUCAACGUCUACUACAAUGAAGCUAGCGGCGGAAAGUACGUUCCUCGGGCCGUCUUGGUGGACCUCGAGCCGGGAACAAUGGACUCAGUGCGAGCUGGACCGUUCGGGCAGAUCUUCCGACCGGACAACUUUGUUUUUGGACAGAGCGGAGCGGGCAACAACUGGGCAAAAGGACAUUACACAGAAGGUGCCGAGCUUGUCGAUUCAGUUCUUGACGUGGUGAGGAAAGAGGCCGAAAGCUGCGAUUGCCUACAAGGGUUUCAAAUGACCCAUUCUUUGGGCGGCGGUACUGGCUCUGGUAUGGGGACGCUACUCAUUUCCAAGAUCCGAGAAGAAUAUCCGGACCGUAUUAUGAACACCUUUAGUGUCGUACCGUCUCCAAAGGUAUCUGAUACCGUUGUAGAGCCAUAUAACGCCACGCUUUCCGUGCAUCAACUCGUGGAAAAUACAGACGAAACUUUCUGCAUUGAUAAUGAAGCCCUGUAUGACAUCUGCUUUAGAACUCUGAAGCUGACGACUCCAACGUAUGGAGAUCUGAACCAUCUCGUGUCCGCCACCAUGUCUGGUGUCACCACCUGCCUACGGUUCCCCGGCCAGCUGAACGCUGACCUCAGGAAGCUGGCUGUGAACAUGGUACCAUUCCCUCGACUCCACUUCUUCAUUCCCGGUUUCGCUCCGUUGACGUCCCGCGGCAGCCAGCAGUACCGAGCUCUUACCGUGCCUGAGCUGACGCAACAGAUGUUCGACGCCAAGAACAUGAUGGCGGCCUGCGACCCCCGGCAUGGUCGCUACCUCACUGUCGCCGCCAUCUUCCGAGGUCGCAUGUCCAUGAAGGAGGUGGAUGAACAGAUGUUGAAUAUCCAGAACAAGAACAGCAGCUAUUUUGUUGAAUGGAUUCCGAACAACGUCAAGACGGCAGUUUGCGAUAUUCCGCCUCGCGGUCUCAAGAUGUCUGCCACAUUCAUCGGCAACAGCACUGCCAUCCAGGAGUUGUUCAAGCGCGUCUCGGAGCAGUUUACCGCCAUGUUCCGGCGCAAGGCCUUCCUCCACUGGUACACCGGCGAGGGCAUGGACGAGAUGGAGUUCACCGAGGCUGAGAGCAACAUGAAUGAUCUGGUGUCAGAAUACCAGCAGUACCAGGAUGCCACUGCCGAAGAGGAAGGGGAGUUUGAUGAAGAGGAGGAGGAGGAAGGGGCUGAACAGUAACAAAUAGUUCAAAACAGCUGUCGCCCAUGUCAGUCCCUUGAGAACAAAUUACCAGUGAAUGUUUAGUCAAUGGCAUAAAUUGUGGAAUCAUGGACACCGAAAUAAAACUUCCCUGUCCGCA